CAUCACCACAUAUGAAGACCACCGCUUGUAAAUCAUACGGUUUGCUGUUGGGAUCAUGAUUUUCGUACCAUGUUUUUUCCUACCUCAUGUGAUGAUGAGCAGAGAUAUAGGUGACAAUGUAGAUGUGCAGAGGUGAAGAUGUGAAGAUGUAGAUGAGACGUAGUUCUGCAGAUGUUUUUUACGAAGAACCCUUCGCAGACGCUCUCGGGAAAAAGAGAAGAUCAGAAGAGGGCAAACAUUUUUCACGAUGGACCUGUUGACAGAGUUUGGGAGAACCUUGGUCUGGGAGCCUCCAGGUCAAGGGCGGCAGGAGGUCUCGGCCACCCCGCUCAAAACAGUGAGCGUGUUUUGCGGCGGUUUCUUUUGGUGUUCAUGUGUAGUGACCUUUGACGAAAUUUGUUUUCCACUUGUAAUGGUUGCUUUCAGGAGAGAGCAAGGAUGACGCCCUUCUUGCCAUCGCUUCGAGAAGAUUAUUUCUACUUCGUGAUGCGGGUCAAGCAGAAGGAGGUAACAUUUUGGGAUCGACUGGGGCGGCCAUUCCUUCCCUUUAGCGCGGGUGCUUGGGCGCUGGUGGGCCUAUUCUUGAUCGUUUUGGCCUUGACUCUGUGGGUCGCGGGCGCCGAGUUAAAUUUGGCGCAAGAGGCCCAAGACCAUUGGUACGAGUAUCAGUGGUACACCAGACUGGGCUUUAUCGCGGCCACCAUCAUCACUGACUUUUUGUUGGGCGAACUCACGACGAGGCGUCCACACCGCAAACAAUCACUCGAAUGGCCUUUCCGAGUGUUCAGUUUAGCAUUCAGUUUCUUCAUGUUGGUGACGAUUUCGAGCUACACGGCUUCUUUGGCAUCUUUGUUGGUCAUUGAAAACCAGAACAAUAAUGAAUUCAACAACAUUGAAGAAGCUAUUGCCAAGCACACGAGAAUUUGCAUGCCAACGACGUUGAAGAGCACCUUCCUCAAAUUGUAUCCCCGUGGGUUGUUCAUUGGUGUAGACGAUGAACUGGACAUGCCACGGACAUUGUACAGUGGAGGCUGCAGGGCUAUGGUCAUGUCCUUGACGAUUUUGCAACAAGUUCAUGGAGGCAAAGUAAAAGAAAGGGAUUGCAACACCAAUUUCACCAAUGAAACAAUGGUCAUUGGCUUUGCUUCCUCAGCUGUUUCAGGUGCAACAGAGAACCAUUGCAAAUUUGACAUUGAAGGAAAUGACCGCAAUGAUUGCGAAUUGAUCCGUGCGGGCGACAUUUUGUACACUGCCCCACUGUCCUUUCCAGUUCAAGGCAGGCUUCUACACAGCCUCUCGUGGGGAGUGGCUGCGGAGACUUCCAAAGGAAGUUUUCAGGUGGCAAAGCGAAACAAUUCAGUGGACUAUGAAUCCUGUGAUGGCUUGACGGAUUCUGGCGAAUCUUGGCACUGAAACGAUCAGUUUUUCCGUGAGCUCAUCAACUGUGAUUUUUGCAUGGCAAUGCACGGGGCAAGGGCGCGUU